AUGUUUACUGGUCCACAAUUUUUGACUAUACUUUCUUUAAGUAACAAUCGUCUUGAAAGUUUAGAUUUGGGAGCCGAUGCUGAUCCGCCUGUUGCAUUAUUUUCACUUUGGGGUGUUUUCGCUUCAAACAACAACAUCAGCAGAAUUCAUCCUUUUGCUUUCAAUGGAAACUCAUCAUCGUACCAAUUAACAGCUAUCGAUCUAUCACAUAAUAAUCUGAAAGAAAUUGCUCCUGGAACAUUUCAUGGACUUUAUUACCUACGAACGUUACAAUUAAAUGAUAAUCAAAUAUCUUCAUUACCAAACGACACAUUUUCCAACUGUGUUUUCGGAGUUUGUAGAGGUGCAUUAAGAUUGGACUUCUCUAACAAUGAACUGGAAAUCAUUCAUUCGGAAUUAUUUCUCACAACAUCCCAUAUAAAUCAAUUAAAUUUAACUUCCAACAGAAUUUCAGCAAUUGAUCGAAACAUGUUCAGUGUGUUACGAAGUUUGAGAACCAUAUUCUUAGCUGGUAAUUUAUGCUCUGAAGAAAACUUUGAAUGGAUAUUUGAUAGCAAUUUGCCAGAAGCACUCGAGUCAUUAGAAGAAUGUUUUCUCAACUAUGACAAACUUACUGGCGGAUCACCUCAUUUUUAUCUUUCUUUUAAAAUAUAA